CUCAAUGACAAACAGAUACAGUUUAACAUGGAAUUAAAAACAGGUUUUCCAAGUUUGCAGUGGUUCAUUAUUUAAGAUAAGGGCAGGGAAGUCUAAAAGCUUUCCCUUUAAAGAAAAGUAAAACGAAAUCCUGUACAUAAGAGACAUCCAGACUCUCAUGAACACCACAUCAUAGCAGUAGUUAUGGAGGACACUGAAAAUUCUCCUGCAAAACCAGCAAUGACUGCAAACUCUUGGGUCUCAUCUUCAUUCAUUAUAGUGUUUGGUAUAAUUGGUGUCACUGCCGCAAUAACGGUGCAGAUGUUUAGGCAACAAAAUCAUCAAAAUGGUGCUUCAGGUCAUGAUUUCAGUGAUAUAGUGCAUCAUCCAGGCGAACCACUCCGGAUUCUUUUGGUUGGAAAAACAGGUGUGGGGAAAAGUGCAACAGGCAACACUAUCCUGGGGAAAAAGGUUUUUAAAUCUGAGAUAUCCUCCUCCUCUGUGACCGGAGAGUGUGAAAAGUUUCAUGCAAUUAUAAAUGGCAGAAAAGUAUCCAUUAUUGACUCUCCAGGUCUGUUUGACACCAGCCUGACUGUAGAUGAAGUCAUUGACAGAGUUAAACGCUGUAUCCCUCUCUCUGCUCCUGGUCCACAUGUCUUCUUAGUUGUGAUUCAGCUGGGCAGAUUCACAGAUGAAGAAGCAGAAGCAGUAAGAAUUAUCCAAACAAUUUUUGGUGAGGAAUCUUCCACAUACACCAUGGCGCUGUUCACUCAUGGAGAUCGACUAGAGGACAAAAACAUUCACACAUUUGUGCGGGACAACCCAAAACUGCUCAGUUUCAUUAAAACUUGUAAUGGACGAUACCAUGUGUUCAACAAUAAAGAACAAAACCCUGAACAGGUCACUCAGUUGCUCGACCAGAUUGAUAAAAUGGUCACUGGGAAUGGUGGCCAAUACUACACCAGUGAGAUGUUUGAAAUGGUAGAGAGAGCAGUUGAGAAAAAGAAACAGCGCAUCCUGAAGGAGAGAGAGGAGCAGAGAAAGAACGAGCUAGCAGUUUUUAGUAGCAGAUUUAAAGGAAAAUAUUUUGAACAAGCAAAGAAAAAGCUGGAUGAUGAUUAUGAGCAGCGAGCAAGAGAGGAAGCUGAGAGAGACACUUCAUUUUUUGAAGAAAUUAUCAAACUUUUAAAGGACCUAUUCUAUGGAUUCUUGCAUAAAGCCGGUUAUUCGACACAGCAAGACAUGUUAUUUAACAUGAUUAAAUUUACAAAAACUGGUAAAUUCUAAUUGUGCAAAA